AUGGAUAUAGUCGACUCUUCUCUGCGAUCAUUGAGAAAAGCGGCGGACAAAGGCCCUGCAAAGGAGAGGAAGAAGCACACUGAGACCAUAGACCAAGUUGCCUCUCAUCUCGUUCUUCUGAAAUCUUCCACGAUAUCACUGGAAGCUUCACGCAAAGUUGCCAGCUGUUUACGCGAUCCGCUUCUCCCUCUAUACGCAACAUAUCCUCUUCCAGCGCUACAAUUUACAGCAGCAUUGUUUCGCAAGAUAUACCAUGAAAAGGUGUUGACAUCUUUGGGGAUGCAGCUUGAAGAGCAGAAGGCUAUAUGGGAAAGCGUAUUGAAUUCACUUCUGUCCGGUGUUCUGGACUUUCUUGACAACAGCGAUAACGAAACUGCGAAGAGCUCCAUCGGAGCCGCUCUGUAUCCGACCCUAUGCGAGAUUUGUUUCUCUCUAUCUGCUCCCAUGAUGAGUGUUGACCUUAGAUUCACGGCCUACACUCUUCUCUCGGACUCGGUUGCUGCGCAUACAGCCAACCAGCAAAAGCUCAGAGAUAAGGAAAUUCUUGGCGGAGAGCGACUAGGGUCCAUGAUCUGGCGUACAAGAGAUUAUCUUGUUAUGGAAAGCCUCCUGAACCUCUUCGCCCGUCUUCUUCCGUCAACCAAGAGCUCGAACUCCGGACGCGCUAAGCGAGCAGCAUUCAUACACUCCGUAUUCCUAUCCUCGCCGCCCCCCGAGGUAGGGAACGUCGGCAAGGAGUUGGUGGAAAUCCUAGAGCGCGUGUCAUCUCAGGAUUGGGAGGAUACCGCUAUCCGCCUCGUGGAAGCGCUUGCAAAUGCGAAUAUCACAUUUUCUCAACCAUUCGGUGUCAAGGAAGUAGUUGCUUGUCAACAGCGCAAGCCUACUGAUCGCCUUUAUGUGGACAGUAAAGCAUUCGUGGCAAACGUACUUGUUGGAGACGACCAGUACGAGUCGUUAGACGUUUUGUACUCGACGAUACGCAAGAUUGAUAUCGGCCGCGAGCGACCGGGCGAAGACGAAGGUACCCAAGUGGUCAUUCACACCAAUUCUGCCCCGACGCUCGGAAAAGAAUCGAUCAUACCGUCAGUCGAUACGGGCAAAAGCCAGUCUUUGACCGUGCAUUUCGGAAUUUUACAGAAAGAUAUGGAGCGAUUUGUGAAAGCCCUAGGCAAUCGUGGCCUGAACAAGCACAUGAAGGAGAACGCGACUCCCAAAUUGUCUCUCGCUAAGUCGGCCACUCUCCUUGAAUUUGACGCUCAAGGAAGGCCAGCACAGGAGCUCAGCCAGGAACAGCGCAUCGAAGCCGUGGCUGAAUUUUACGGGACACAGCACAGCAGUGACGAUGUCUCAUCCGUGCAUGAUGUAGAGCUUAUGACGGAGAUUACGAAAACUUCCCCUCGGAGAUCUCCAAGACGUGCUCCCCUGGUCGCUGAGCCCAAGUUAAUAGUCAAAUCAAAUUCAAAGCGUUCACAUCCUCCAUCCACAACCAUGCCUGCGUUAUCCUUGCGUGCAACUGCGCUAUCGGUUCCCACAUCGGUAACGGCUUCUGCUGCUUCAAGGAAUGCUCCCAUGACUCCGCGUAAUGAUUCUGCUCGGAGGAUCACUGCUCCUCCUGCUCUGUCUCGUACCGGGACCCAGAAAAUGCGUGACACCAUAUUUGGUACCAGCGACGAAGAGCUUUCUGAGAUUUCGGAUGUUGACUCGAUUCCUCUGCCUCUUUCGUCCCGACAGCUUCCGACGAAGUACAAGCCUGUCGUGUCGCGCGUGAACAGCAAACCCAAGACUCCGAAGUUGGCUGUUGAGCGUGCGGCUGGCCAAACUGCUCUGAAGUCUGGUGCCCUUGUGAUAACGAUCCAACAAAACAAUAGUGACGCUGUGCUCCCUGUAACGCCACCACGACCCAUAAGGGAAGACCUCGUUAUAGCUGUCACAAGGAAGCACGUUCAUCCCUCGGGACCGGUCGCUAGAAUCGAAGACGAUGGUGUUGAUAAUACCCUCCGCUCGUCCUCACCAGCUCACGUCGUCAAGAGCGAGCACACAUCUAUUAAAUCCCGCAUGCGCAAGAAAGAUCAAACUCUUCCGCAGGAUCCCAAGGACGCCUUACACGUCAAAGGCUCGAAGCGUAAGCGGGGAGUAACGGACGAAGAGGCAAAACCUCCUGUCGCAAGCACCGAUAACGCCGUUGUCGAUGUUCGUGCCAGCAAACGACUUCGGAAGACCGGUAGCUCUCCAACUUGUACAACGGUCCCUCCAGAACGGACCGAGUCCCAGGUACUCCGUCCGCGGACAACGGCCGCCACUAGGGCCACCAAGACGUAUCGCAGCAAGAAGGACAGGAUCUCGUCCCCGGCAACUUCUACCACCGUCCCUGCAGAUAUUGACUACGACUCACUGCCUACUCAUCCGCUUUCUACAUCCAGUCGCAAUGCGUCGUCGCCUCUAUCUGCUCGUCCCGUAGGCAAGAAGAAGCCCCCGCAAGCUCGAGUGCCUGCUGCGACAUCCACGCGAAGGACACGCGCUUCUGCUAUGAAGGACAAGGCGAAUAAGUUACCUCCUGUCUCGACUGUAUCCACUGUGGUGGCGAAACCCAGCCCUGCGUCCAACGCUUUGAACCUUCCGGCUCCCGAAGACAUUUCACUACAAGAUGAACAGAAGGUGAAAUCUGCCGUGGAGAAGACGUCCAAACCAGUGUCACACAAUCAAUCAGCAGUCAACAAGAUUCCUGCUCGGCUACAGCAUCAGAUGAAUAACGUGUCUACGAGCAUACUCAAACAGCCUGCACUCCCACAAGACGUGCACAUACUCGCCACUGACAACGAAGCCAAAUCCAGGAGCUCAAACAAGCAGCCUCAUGGGCGGAAAUCAAAUAAGGCGCCUUGGGAGAACAUCGAACUUGUGGAUCCGGUCGGGGAAAUAAUGGCGGACAACUAUGGUGCAUCUCAGUUGGACGAUAGCAAGUAUGACGAGGCAGAAGUUCAAGUUAAUGUGCAAUGCGUCGAAUUCGACAAUCCGCUAUCUGCCCAAUCCGAUCUGGCUGAAAGUGAGGCAGAGACGGGCACAGAGAUGAUUGAAGACGAGCCAAUGACCGCGGUGGAAACGGCUCCGACCGAGAACGAUCGUAACAAGGAAGAUUUGGGAGCCAGGAUCGUCUCUCCAACUAUGGCGAUACCCGACCCACCUGCGAAGCUCAGAUCACCCACUCCGAUAAUGGAGAAAUCGAACAUAACCAUCGACUUAACACAAGACGAUUCCCCUGUGAAGACCAAGCCUCUAGCUAACACUGAGCAUGCUUCUCCUCCCUCGCCCACCUACCUGCUAGCCCUGAGCCUCAAUGACUCCGCCGACGAAAUUUUACACUCCACGCCCUCUCAUAAAUCUGCCAUCCGAGAUCGCUCAAACCCAACCAAGGUUGCACGGUCUAGUCAUACGGUUACGUUUGCCCCGAUCGUGGAGGAACGGCAGCCGUCUCCUUCGUCGACAACGGAGGAGCUGGAAACUUUAGCCGCCUCGUCCUAUAUCAAGUCGCCCAUUCAGGUCUCGGUAAAGGAGUCACGCACCGUCAAUCGUGCGUCACCCAGUCCUAUCCUCAAGACGAGUAUUUACUCGAAGCGUGAAAUCAGGUACGAAGACGAAGGCGACGGUAUUCAUUUCUCGAAGAGAAAAAGCUCCGAGAACCGUGCGCCAGAUAUUCAAGACAUUGUGAACGUCCUCGACGAGAUACAGGAGGUUCUGGUGCGCAAAAUUACUAGGAGGUUUGAUGGGGUCAGGUACGAGGUGCGCGUUGCUCGCGAUGAGCUGGUCGCGGAAGCCACAUCGGAUCUGGUGAAGAUGCGCGCUGAGAGUGUGGACAAGUUCAACGGACUGAUCGACCUGGAGGCAGAAUAUGCGAAAUUUGGACGGAUCGUGACAAACGGGUUCGAGGAUCUGCUCCGAGUAAAUCAGGAGAUCUGCGAUGGACUUGCACGGGCGACAGAAGAGCAUGAUCGCCAUAGCCUUUCGAAGAAGAUGCCAGCUGCUCUGUGCCCUGCUCUCCCACCAAGCAUCCAGAGGUUCCGGUGA